AUGAGAUUCUACGUCUUCGGAUUACUUCUGGUUUCUUUGUUAAUUCCUUGCUUCGCUGCCAUAUCGGAGUUGGACACCGAAUGGAAAAUUUACAAACAAGAAUACCGGAAAUGGUACAUUUCGGAUACAGAGGAGACGAAAAGGCGGGAAAUUUGGGAAGAAAAUCUUGAUUACAUAAAUCAGCACAAUGUCAAAUUCGACAAAGGCGAGCAGUCUUAUUUCAUGGGCUUGAAUGAGUUCAGUGACUUGAGUCACGAAGAGUUUCUUCAACAGUUCGUUGGAGGAUUCAGAUUGCCUGACUUAUCCAAUCCUGACGAUAUUCCACUCAGUUCCGGUCUAUCAGAAGGCACUUCCGGUCUACCCUCGGAAAUAGAUUGGAGGAAAGAAGGGUGGGUGGGACCUGUUGGUAAUCAGUUUGCGUGUGGUUCUUGCUGGGCGUUUACUGCGACGGGGGCACUUGAAGGACAGGUCAAGAACAAGACAGGAAAGUUAAUCGUGCUGUCUGUGCAGCAACUUAUGGAUUGCAGUGAGAAAUGGGGGAAUCACGGAUGUGAGGGCGGUAUGAUGGACCUCUCUUUCAAAUAUGUCAAAGAUGUUGGUGGAAUAGAAAGUGAUGCUUCAUACCCCUAUACGCCUAGGGAAGAAACUUGUAAGUUCAACAAAUCUGCAGUCGUAGCUACAGUGAAGGGUUACAUCGAUCUUCCAAAAUCUGAACAAAAACUCAUGGUUGCUGUGGCCACCGUAGGUCCUAUCUCGGCUGCUAUAGAUGCCACUCAACGAUCCUUUCAAUUGUACAAAGGCGGGGUGUAUGACGAGCCCAACUGUAAAUCGCAAGUGGAUCAUUCUCUUGUUAUUGUCGGGUACGGUGUUCUGGAUGGUAAAAAAUACUGGAUCGCUAAAAAUAGUUGGGGUACAUCGUGGGGAAACAAAGGAUACGUAUUGCUAUCUAAAGAUAAAAACAACCAGUGUGGGGUGGCAAAUAGCUGUAGCUACCCCAUUAUGUAAUGCUAAUAAACAGCUACAA